AUGGCCUACCUACACGCUCAUUCGUGCGAGUGUUUGAUAUCGGAGCUCGACUUGUUCACUCUACCGCCUACGCAGACGACGAUAGAGGGUGAGCAGUGGGUGCAUUACAAGCCGGUGUCGUCUCUCACCGACGACUCACCGAUUGAAUUCAUGGUUCCGGGGCUGAGCGACGAGUACCUCGACCUGUCGCACACGAUGCUCAGUCUGCGAGUCAGUAUGCCGCCUUUGGAUGGGGUGCAGCUGGUGAGCUCGGACGGUAAGACCCCGACAGCGGCGGCGAUCGCAGCUUCUGUGAACAACCUGUUGCACUCGUUAUUCAGUCAAGUGGACGUCUUCUUCAAUCAAAAACUCGUCUCCCCGGCCAACAACGCGUACGCGUACAGAGCAUACAUAGAGACUCUGUUAAAUUACAAGAAUACGGCCAAAAAUUCGCAUCUGACGACCACGCUGUGGUACGGGGAUACCGCCGGCAGAAUGGACGAACUUGGUGCCGGUAAUAAGGGUUUCGCAGAGCGCGAACGAUUAUUCAAAAACGGCUCCAGCGUUGAUUUAUUGGGACACCUUCAUUGCGACGUGUUCAAUCAGGAGAAAUUCCUUCUAAACGGCGUGGAGUUGCGAUUGCGUCUGGUGAGAUCGCGGGACGCCUUCUGUAUCAUGGAAACCACCAACGCUCACACGAUGCACAUUCUAGAGGCCACUCUGCUCGUUUGA